UAUCCUUGAACUUUCGGCCAUAGUGCGCCAUAUUGAUUCGAAUGAGCGGGAUAUACCGCCUGCCAUUCCAAUGUCAUCGAGGAGUAAAAUAGCCUUUGGUAGACUUCCCAAUGAAAUGAAUGCAAUAUUAUAACAGUAUUCUUAAUUCUAGGAUUCAUAUUUUCUCCACAUGAUGGCGGGAAAUGGCGGGGAUAUUCAGUGGUGUUUUUCACAAGUGAAGGGAGCUAUCGAGACUGAAGAUGUUACAGAACCGGACAUUAUAUCCUGUGUAGAAUUUAACAAUGAUGGUGAUCUCCUGGCAACGGGUGACAAAGGUGGACGUGUUGUCAUUUUCCAGCGCGAUAAGGGCAAGAUUGGACUGCCUCUUCGUGGGGAAUACAAUGUGUACAGCACCUUCCAGAGUCACGAGCCGGAGUUUGAUUAUCUCAAAAGUUUAGAAAUUGAAGAAAAAAUUAACAAGAUUCUUUGGAUGAAGAGGACCAAUCCUGCUAAUUUUCUACUCUCCACUAACGAUAAAACUAUAAAACUCUGGAAAGUAACGGAGCGUGACAAGAGGCCUGAAGGCUACAACUUGAAGGAUGAGGCAGGCUUGAUGCGGGAUCCUUCAACUGUGACAACGUUACGGGUGCCAAUGUUCAAGCCUAUGGAAUUGAUGGUGGAAGCUAGUCCUCGUCGAAUAUUUGCAAAUGCUCAUACCUAUCACAUCAAUUCUAUAUCCAUCAACAGUGAUCAGGAAACCUAUCUGUCUGCAGAUGAUUUGAGAAUCAACCUCUGGCAUCUGGAAGUGACCGACCAGAGUUUCAACAUUGUUGACAUUAAGCCGGCCAAUAUGGAGGAGCUGACAGAGGUCAUCACUGCGGCAGAGUUCCACCCUCUGGACUGUAACUUAUUUGUGUAUAGUAGUAGUAAAGGAACGAUUAGACUUUGUGAUAUGCGCCAACAAGCUUUGUGUGACAAACAUGCCAAAUUGUUUGAGGAACCAGAAGACCCCACCAAUAGGAGUUUCUUUUCUGAAAUUAUUUCCAGUAUAUCAGAUGUAAAAUUUAGUCAUAACGGACGUUACAUGGUGACAAGAGAUUACUUGUCUGUGAAAGUGUGGGAUUUACAUAUGGACACAAAGCCGAUAGAAACAUACCAGGUGCACGAGUACUUACGCAGCAAGUUAUGCUCUCUAUAUGAAAAUGACUGCAUCUUCGACAAGUUUGAGUGUUCAUGGAGUGGUGACGACAGGCACAUUAUGACGGGAUCAUACAACAACUUUUAUAGAAUGUUUGACCGUGAAUCUAAACGUGACACAACGUUAGAAGCAAGCAGAGAGAAUAUGAAACCUCGUACAGUGCUGAAGCCACGCAAAGUGUGUACAGGUGGUAAACGCAAGAAAGAGGAGAUCAGUGUUGACUGUCUCGAUUUCAACAAGAAAAUCCUGCAUACUGCUUGGCAUCCCAACGAAAACAUUCUAGCUGUUGCUGCUACCAAUAACUUGUACAUCUUCCAGAGUAAAGACUAGCAAUAAUAUGUGCCGUGCUAAGUGUUGGUUUCCAGUUGGACCCCAAUAUCCUCUAUAGAGCGAGUUGGUGGCUGCAUAGUCAAAAUGACAAGAACAAGAGUGAUUGUACACAUGAACAAAUUAGCACAUCAUGUUUGUGCAGAGCAUAUAUUUUGUGCUGUAUGACUAUUGUUGUGGCAUUGAUAUACAGUUGAACAAACAAUCUGUCAAAAAUAGGAAUUCGACCAAGUCUUGCCUCAUUGACACAGUUAUUCAACUUAUCACCCCUUACAUUAAUGUUAGGCCUUGAAACUUUAGUUUUUUCCUAACUUGAGAAAUGGUCAAAUCUCAGAAAAUGCUGAAUCACAUUGAUGUGACUAUUGUAAUUUUAAUUAAUGACAAUCAAGAUUAGAGCUAUGUAUAUUUCAUCUGAUGGUCUUGAAAAGGCAUUGAUUUCCAACUAUUCCAUUGAUACAGAUCAAAAUUUUAAGGAAGAAUUGGGUAAUGGAGUCUCGCGACAUCAAUUCCCCAGACUACCAAGGUUCAACUGUAUGUAAACGUUCAAGACUUCGGUGCAUGCCUUUGUCUGGUCACAGGGAGCAAAUGUUUGUGUGAAGAGAGAUCUGGGAUGUUAAACUUCCGCUGGUCGGUUGAGAGAGCUUGAUGAAGACCUGAAUGUAUCCACCACAUGGUGGCAACACUGAUUGCGUAAUUGGUUAUCACUGUUAAAUUAGCUUGUGUGAUGGUAAAUAUUGUGUAUGGAAGUGUAGUUUCCCCAAUCUAUUCAGGAUGGUCACUUAGCAUGAGGUCAGAAGAUAUUUCAAGUCUGUUUAAUUGAAUUUAAGUUGCAAGGUCAUUAAAUAUUAAAUCUGUUGCAUUUAUUUUGAAUGGUUUCAUACAUCUGAAAUAAUCAUCGGUACUUAAUAUUCAUUAACAGCAUUGAUUUAGUAGGAAAUAUGGAAUUGUCCCUUGUUGGUUUUGUGAAUUUACCUGGUAGGAAAUGCUGUAUAUAGAAGCAACACUUCUGAAUACUCAUUAAACAGUGAUUGUACAUUUUUUAAAAUCAAUCCCUGAACUGACUACUGAGUAAUGUUCUUGAUAUAGACAAGACGUUGUACCAAAGACAACACUUAAGCACAGCGAUUCUUGAGCAUAGCAUUAUUAUUCAACAAAUGUCUCCAGACUCUGUACUCAUUAUUUAAAUAUUUUGUACAUUUAGCCUUGAGAAUUUCUUUGUUAAAACUUGUUUAUGCUAUUUGAACACCUCAGGAAGAUUUCAUUUAAAGGACCACCUUUUCACACACACUCUCGAGUCAAGUGAUGUAGUAUUGUAUAUUCCAUCAAUUGACUGCUUUGAAAAUACUCUCUAUCAUGAUUUCUUUUUUAAAGAAUAAUUACUUCAUUUCAAUGGGAUGUGUAAUUGAAAAGGUGGGUAUUAUUAUUUUAGAGACAUGCCAUAUGAGUUGGAUAAAAACUAGUUCAGGUCCUAAAGUACACAAGUGUCGAGAAUAGUAAAUGCCUUAGUAUAGUAAGUGCUAUAUUUUGUUACGUUGCCAACAUUGUCAAUAUGUUUACAAGGUUUAUCAUGUGAUUUAUAUUUGUUUUGUACUAGUUAUUUGGUCACUUUUACUUGUCGUUUUUUUAUGAAGAUUAAUUUGAUUAGAAUUCUAAUUAGAUAUGUCCACUUAUUUUUGAGAUUUUGGUAAACUAAGAGAACUAUAGGAAUGUUCCCCACGGGGUUGUUGAAGGUCUGGUGUAAUGUUGAUUGAUGGUGCUAUCAAGCAUGGGGUUGUUAUUAAGUGGUGAUGUGUUCAGUUUUCAUCGAGGAGCUUCAUAGUGCUUUGUUAGGUCAUUGAGAACUAUUUUUUGUUAUUUUUUUCCCUCAAAAUUGUUAUUCAAAAUACUAUUUUUCUGCCUUUAUAUAUGUAUUGUGAUGUCAAUGAAAUUGUUAAACAAUUCUAUCCUGCUGAUAAUUUUUGCAGGUAUAAAUCAAGGAAUAGCAUAAUUAUAAAUUAUAAUGAACUUAAGUAUUUAUUUUCAAUAUAAUUUCACGUUUAUAAGCAUUAGUAAAAAUAUUGAAAUGAUGUAACAGGGACUAAUCUAGGCUCUAUGAAGUACAUUUUCCUUUGGAAAGUUCAGAACAAUCUCGUUUUUACCAUAACUGAAUUUAGUUCUUGAAAAGUUGAAUGAUGCAUAUUUUUAAACCUUUUGUCUUUGGAUUGAUACAAUCAUUUAAUGUCGGUAAUUUUGGUGAUAUUACACACAAAACUAUAUGUUGGCACACUCACUGCUGUUUAUUUACAAGAAAAUCCCACCUGAUUAUCUCUCUAAAUACUUCCUAGAUUACUCCCUGAAAUUCAUGCGAGUCUUUGACCGCGAGUCCCAAAUACACGAUGUCUUAUAACAAGGGUGAGUGUGUAUGUAUGAGAGGUGACUGGUGUAGACCUGUUUUACCUAUUAUGUGAGCAGUAAAGUAUUUCCUAAAGUUGAGCUCUGUUCACUAAGGUUUGUAAGGCUGUACAGCCUAAUUAUCACAGUAUCCCUCAAAAUUAACAUGUAUGUAAUAGAAGUGACUCUGUACUAGGUAUGAAUGUACAAAACAGCCAUUGUGAGAGUGUGUGGGUACUGUUAUUUGGAUGCAUGUUGUAGAUGGAACUUGUUAGCAUUCCCAACAGUGUGGUGAGUCUGGUACAUGCAUGACCAAGGUGUCUAGGAUGUGGGUGGGGGACCAUUGGGAUAUUAUUGGACAUAUGAAUUGUUUUAUACAUGUUAAUUAAAGUAAUGAAUGUAUCGACAAUGUUUGGCUUGAUGCUCUUUUCUUGGAUAUAAGUUACGAACACUUGUGUUAAAUCUUUAAAAGUGAGACUUAUUGAGUCCGCUUGGUGCAGUUUACUGUUGAUGUUUUGUUGAUGGCUUCGUGAACUGGUGGUGACCCUGUACCAGCAGUGUUGUAACUAGAGCUGCUUACACAGUUGUAUUGCCAUAUAACUGAAAAGUCUGUACACUAUUGGUGCCAUAGUUAAAGCACUUGUAUCUUGUUACAGUUUCUGCCAUUAUGAGAGCACUGUGUACUAUCGUUUCUGUGCGACAGUGCUCAUAUACUAUUUGUGCCACAGCUAAAGUGCCGUGUACUUGUUGAAAGCCCAUAGAUACUAUGAAGCACACUCGUCUUAUGGGUCCGUAUAGAGGAAGGGUGCCUUGUUUUACAGUUUCCGUGAUCUGUGGGUCCAGUAGUUGAUGUACCCAUCUUGGCAGUACUGUGCUUGAAAAGUCAGGUUCUUCAGAAGUGUUUUAGAUGAAGCACCCAAUGGGCUAUGGGUGUCCUAGUCUGGCUGUCGGGAGUAGCAAAUCAAGCACCUAUAAUGUUAAUGGGUGCCAUAGUUGAAGUAUCCAUGUUAUGUUGAUCUUGUAGUUGAAGCAUCCCUGUUGUUUUGGUGCUGUGUUUGAAGCACGCAUGUAAUGAGUGCUGUUGUUAAAAUUGUAGGUAGUAGAUCAUACUUGAGCAUUCCUGGUGAUUUGUGGUAGUGUCCUUAGGCCAAUUCACAGUAACACCACUGAAUUGUAGUCUAAUUAUUACCUUGGAAGCAUUCUUCAAAACUUGUGACAUUGAAAAAAAUGUGUGUUACUAAGCUGUCACCUUUGUAUCUGAGAGCUCUGUAUAAUAUUAAAACUCGCAGUCAACAUGCGUUAAAAUUAGCGUGAAAUUUCAGUGGUUUACAGUAAUUUGUUGGUUCUUGCAGAUAACGGACAUUUUACAGUCUUUGUUAUACUGCUUGCCCUGUGUAGAUUGUUGAUGGUUUUAAAUCUGAUCCUGUCUUUUCUCUAAAACUUGGGACAAUGAUCAGUAGUAAUUUGUGUGAUUGGAGAAGAUGUGUGACAAUACUUUUUAGCAGAUGGUACAUCAGAAUCGCCUAGGUCAUAAUACCAAUAUAUUUUAAUUGAAAUACCGGUAAACUGUAAAAAAUUUAAUGUUGAUCCAUGUAGCCAAAUUGACUUGGAUAUGUUAUGGAAAUGUCCGCUGUGCUUGUGUCAAAAGUUGUGGUAUCUAGUAUGUUCAGUGUGUAGGUGAAGUCAGGGUCUUGUUGCAGUAUAAUUUUGUGGCAUCGUACAUAGGAAAUAUAUUUUUGUAUUCUUAAAGAAUUUCGACAUUAAAGAAAUCACGAUAACAAGAAUUGUACUGACAAAAAAUGGGCAUGAGUAGCAAUUAUUUUGUGCAUGUACCUACUGGGUAUUGUUGGCAUGUAUUCGUCGAGUAAUUUUAAAAAUAUUUUCAACUAAUUAUGAGCUUGAAGUUAUUUUGGAAUUUGACAAAUUGACCUCAUGAAUACCUUUGUCAGUCACUUCUAAAUUCUAACAUCUUUAAAAAAUAGUUUUGAUUGCUUUUGUUUUUUUUGCACAUCAGUUGUCUAGAAUUUAGGUUGUUGAUAUAUGGGGGUAUCUGAAUAAUCUACCUCGUGACUUGGUUAUAGCUCAGACUGGGUGACAUGUGUUUCAAGGACAAAGAAGGAUAUAUUGAAAGAAAAUCAAUUUUACUUUAGCUCACCUAGCACCAAGUUUUGGGGGCACAUCAUCCAUCCGUCGUCAAAAUUCCACCAUAGAUUGAUAAUCUAUAUUUAGAUUUAAAAGGUUACAAAAUUCAAACAUCUUCAUUUGUUGAACAAGUUUUCAAUGUUUCCCCAUAGUAUCUGGUGAAGAUACUAUGUUUCCCCAUAGUAUCAUGCUUUUGACAGUAUCCUGACAAACUUCAGAUCAGUAAAAAAAAAGUGGGAGAGGGGGUGACGGUGUCCUCACAAACUUUGAAACAGUGAAAAAAAACGUGGAGGAGGGGGUGUCUACACGGACUAUUACACCCGAUAAAUUGCAUGGAACCCAGAACAAGAUUUAAAAUAUUUUUUAAAUAAAUGAAAGAAAACCAGGUGAGCAAUCCAGGCCUGUUGUGUUAUAGACGGCCCACCUGUUGAUAAUAUAGACCUACACUGAAGUGACAGUGGAGAGUCCAUGUAUACAUCCACCAUUCAAUAGACUUGUUUCACCCUGUUGUACGUGAAUCACAUUGUAGGAUUGAUAGUGAGUGAGAAAGCAGAUGGAUAUGGAUUCAGCGAAUGGUUGUGAAUGAAGAGCCCUGAUCAUGAUCAAUCCUAUUCUGUCUUGUUGUCAUGUACAGUAACUAAGGGUCGUCGUUCAGUCAUGCCAUGAAAAGCAAUAAAAGUAUUUAAAAAUCCCA